GAUUUACCACAUACACCACCGGUUGAAAUGGAGCAAAACAUACAAGGUUUCAAAUACACUGGCGAUGACUGGGAAGUGACAGACGAGAUGAAGACGCACUUUGAUGAGUUUGGUUACAUCAUUGUACGUGGUCUACUCACUAACGAUGAGACUCAGAAACUCCGCCAGUUUCUAGAGACCGACAAGGGUAUAAUGGAUCACAAGGUCGACAAGGAUGACGGGGAGGGUAAACAUGCAAGAGCGACAGUGUGGAAUAACCCAAGUGAUGACAUUCUGGGUGUCGUCGCCCGCACUAAUCGCAUGGCAGGCACGUGGGAAAAGUUGCUCAGAGGGGAGGUUUAUCAUUACCAUGCUAAGCUCAUCAUGAAGGAUGCCUUUACGGGAGGUGCUUUUGUGUGGCAUCAAGAUUAUGGUUACUGGUAUAACAAUGGGUGCAUAUUUCCUAAUAUGGGAACAACUUGGACUGCCAUCGAUAGAGCUGACAAAAAUAACGGAUGUCUGAAGAUCAUCCCAGGUUCUCACAAGAUAGGGCGUUUAGAUCACAUUAGAGUCGGAACACAAGUGGGCGCAGACAUUGCCCGUGUGGAAGAGAUCUCCAAAGUUUGUCCUGUCAUCCAACCAGAGUUGGACCCUGGAGAUGCCAUGUUCUUCCACUGUAACAUCCUACAUAGGAGUGACCAGAAUAACAGUGCAAACAGACGCUGGGGCUAUCUUUGCUGCUACAACAGAGCUGACAAUAGUCCAUAUAAAGAGGACUCUCCCCACCCUGCAUACUCUAAACUAGACCAGCUACCUAACUCAUCUAUUCGAGAUUGUGAUAUCACGAAAGUAGCAGCUACAAGAGACUAUUACAAACCGUCCAAAAACUCUGCCUUUUAUCAAGUGCCAGCAAAAAUAAAUUGACGUUUUUAUACAGUAAUUUUACAAUAGUGUGUCGAACAAAGUCAGGAUGCCACUACUGGACGUCCAAUAUUAGCAUAUGAUCCCUUGAACAUCAGUUGCGCAUAACUUAGUUCACUUCAUCAUUCAUAGGACGGCUUUCAAAUCAUAUUGGAAUCUAUGACAAUGGGACAAUGUAAUGACUGUCAAAGCACUUCUUUCGAAAUGUUAAGACAUACAUUAGUACGGAAGGUUCGUCAUCACAAAUCAAAAAUCGGAAAUGGAUAAAAUGAUUAACGAGGUUCCCAUGCGAUUCGAUGGAAAUCAAAAAACAUAUAUACUUAUUGUAUGCUUAUGUAUUGUCUUCAAUUGUUAUAGUUGUUGUAUUUUUUUUACCACCAACGAAGCUGAGCAAUACCACUUGGGUAUAUCCCGUGUAUGUACGGUCCUAAUUUACUUACUUAGCCCGGAAGACA